CCUCAAGGCAAUUCACCAGCACCCAUCAUCUCAAGUGGUGUUAUCCCCAAUCAUUUGAUUCCGCGAUCAUAAUCACAAUAUCCAGUGCUCUUUGUCUAAAACGCCCAUAUUAAUCAUCUCUGGUUGAAAUCGAUAACUGGGUAAUCUAUUUUAGCCAGACACGGACGGCGGUUCGGUGACAAAUACUUUGGACCGAGAGGUCGGGCGCUUUGGUUAAAGUCUCUCCGAGCUUUCACGUGCUGCUGACACUGAAGGGGGAGAGAGAGAGGGAGAGAGAAGGGAGAACUGAAAGAGAUCGCCAAAGUGCCAUUGGAAGUAUGGUGAAGAUCGGGGUAUUCGCCAAGAAGGUUUGGAGCCUCCGUAAAACCAUCGUGGUCUUCCUCACACCUGUGAUACUUUCCCCUAUUUUGGUCUUCGUAAGUCCCAAGGAGGGAAAAUGUCUUUAUGUGAUUCUCCUGAUGGCUUUGUACUGGUGUACAGAAGCGUUACCAAUCGCUGUGACAUCCCUGCUUCCCAUCAGCCUCUUUCCCCUCUUUGGUGUCAUGCCAGCCAGCAUUGUCUGCCCACAGUACUUUCUUGACACCAACGUUCUGUUUAUGAGUGGCCUGAUCAUGGCACUGGCGGUCGAAGAGUGGAACCUCCACCGGCGAAUAGCGCUAUUUGUCCUAAUGCUGGUGGGAUCAUCCCCAGCAAGGCUUAUCCUGGGAAUGAUGAUAACCACCAGUUUACUGUCAAUGUGGCUUAGUAAUACUGCCUCCACUGCCUUGAUGAUGCCAAUAGCCAAAGCAGUGCUCCAAAGCUUAUUUGGUAGCAUGGAAGCUACCCUUGAGUCUACUCAGCUUAAAGAUUGUGAUGAAGCCUCUGACCUUAAAGACAGCACUUCAAAGGAGCCACUGCCCAAUGAGGGGUUACAUUUGACUUCUGAAGACAGCAAAAGCCCAGAGGAAUUUGAAACAAAUGCUAACUUGACACUCAUGCAGCAGAAGGUUGCAGAAGACCGGAAGAAACUAUGGAAGGGUUUCCUUGUCUCCAUUCCUUACGCUGCAAGUAUUGGAGGGACCGCCACACUGACUGGGACAACUCCUAACCUGAUUCUGGUUGGGCAGCUGAAAAUUUAUUUCCCUGCCUGUGAUGACCUGAACUUUGCCUCAUGGUUCAUCUUUUCCUUCCCGCUCGCAUUCCUCUUCCUGAUCGUUGGCUGGGUGUGGAUCGCUUUCCUACAUGGAGGAUUCAACAUAAGGUCGUGCAGGAAGAAGGGAAGUACUGCAAAAACUGAAGCCAAAGUAAUGAGUGCAAUAAAGUAUGAAUACAGUAAACUGGGGCCAUUCACGUAUGCAGAGGGUGCUGUCUCGAUGUUCUUCUUCUUAUUUGCGGUUUUGCUUUUCACGAGAGAUCCAAAAUUCAUUACAGGUUGGGCCAUUCUGUUCCCCAAAGGUUAUGUGUCGGAUGCAGUGACGGGAAUGACGAUCGUUAUUAUGCUCUGCUUCUUUCCGUCCCAAAAACCUUCGCUGAAAUGGUGGUUUAAUCCAAAAGCCUCGGGAAAAACAAAUCCACCGCUGCUUACUUGGUCGAAAAUCCAAAGUAAUUUACCUUGGAGUGUCAUACUGUUACUUGGAGGAGGCUAUGCCAUAGCAAAAGGAUGUGAGGUCUCGGGAUUGUCCAUCUGGAUCAGCAAAUAUGUUCAUCCACUUGCAGCCUUCCAGCCAAGCGUUGCUCUUAUACUGAUCUCAAUACUAGUCACCUUCUUCACUGAAUUUGCCAGCAACACUGCCACCAUUGUAAUAAUGCUGCCAAUUUUAAUUAACCUGUGUCUCCAGAUGAAGAUGAACCCACUGUACUUCUUGGUACCAGCAACUAUAGUAUGCUCCUAUGCUUUCAUGCUGCCAAUAUCAACACCUCCAAAUUCCAUUGCAUUUGCUACAGGCCAUCUGAAGGUCAAGGAUAUGGUGAAGUCGGGGAUUAUUAUGAACAUUCUGGGGAUUCUCCUGCUCUUGUUAGCUGUGAACACUUGGGGUAAUUUCUUGUUCGAUUUCUCCACUUUUCCCCAAUGGGCAGAGGUUAUGCAGAAUGCCACACACAGCUUCACUAAUGGCACUGCGUAAUACAUGGCACCAUGGGACUUCAAGUUACAAGCCCUGGAAGAGUCAAUGCAAUCCUGCAAAGAUUGCUGAAGUGAAGAAACUGUCUCAAGAUUAGACCAGAUCCAACUGUGACAAAUACCUGAAGAAUUUACACAUCACAUACAUCUUUUUUUUUAAUGAGUAUUAACCAUUAAUUUUUAUAUUGAAUAUAGAAGGAUAAUUGUUUUGACAAAAGAAGAACAGAAGUGCUGGUGUAACUCAGUGGGCCAGGCAGUUUCUCUAGCGAACCUGGACCCUUCUUCAUAUUAUUUUGAAAUGUUAUUUUUAGAUUUAUUUCUAUUAAUGACGAUUGUUAAAAUGUGAAUUAGAUAGAGAAUGGAGACAUCCUAUAUUUAAACUUUCUCUAUGUUACCAUUAACAUGCAGAGUGACUGCUUCAGUUAUCCAUUCAGGAAAAUUCAGCAACAAAAUUAUUUCCACUAAUUUUUGAAAAGACCGUCUAAUUUUAGCUUUGCAAAAUGGUUCAUGAUCAAUGAGAUUUAUAAGGUUAUCUAUUUUCACACUUAGAUAAAUCUGGGGUGAAAGGCUGAUAUUUGUUAGGAACUGACGGUUAAUUAUCAUUUUAAUUAUGAUGGCAGGAGCAUUUCUUAGCAAAAGUGGGAAAUACCUGAAGAUGUAGAAAUAGUUUGAGGAAUUAUACAAGAUUUUACUGAGUUGUAUGCAAAACAAAGCAUUUCACUCUACCUCUAGGUACAUGUGACAACAUAGUAUAAUUGAACUGAAGGCCCACAGACCAAGAUGGAGACCUUGAAUUAUCCACACACACAUACUUGCAUAUUCACACUCAUAAAUGUAAAAAAUUGAGCAAAUUGAAUCCGUCUGCAAUUAAAUUUGUAAAAAUGAGAUGUUCUUGCUUUAUAACUGGCAUUUCUCCUAUCUGCAAACCUCCGACAACUGACUGCACUCUUGAUGCACCAAAUAGACAUCUUACAAAGUAUUUCGUAUUAAUCAGCAUAUAUCACCGGUAUAUUAUAUUCUGCAUGCUGAAUUGUUUUAGUAUCAGAAUCUAAAAAUCUGCAAACUAAUGACAGCACAGUGGAACAGCGGUAGGGUUGCUGCCUUACAAUGCCAGAGACCCGGGAUCGAUCCUGACUACAGAUGCUGUCUGUACAGAGUUUGUACAUUCUCCCUGUGAUCACGUGAGUUUUCUCCCGGUGCUCCCGUCUCCUCCCACACUCGUAAGACGUACAGGUUUGUUAGUUAAUUGGAUUCGGUAAAAUUAUGAAUUGUAAAUUGUCCCUAAUGUGUAGGAUUGUGCCAGUGUACGGGGUGAUUGCUGGUCAGAGUGGACUCGGUAAGCUGAAGGGCCUGUUUCCAUGCUGUAUCUCUAAAAUCUCCUUUCUAAAUUUGUGGUUAAAUUGCUAAGUCGCUGGAGUGCCAUGGUUUCUUUGUUUGGCUCUCUCUCCUGCCCUUAAGACAAUUAUCUGCACGGACUUCACUCUUAAGUGCUAAAAAUUCUGUUGCUUCUCAAUGCCACAGGUAGCUCGGUGAACCCUGGCAGCAGCAUCCAAUUCGUUUGGACGUGUGCGAGCUGUGAAUCAAAUCUAACAGUUUAUAAGAUGACUGGCUGCAUCUUAAACUCCUAGCUUGUUCCAGCUCAGUACCAAAGACGAUUAAAGCUGCUUUUGGAAUGAAUGGUGUUAGUCAGGCAUGUGACAUUGGGACAAUUAUGUACCACUUCUGAAAAGUUUAGCUUUGGCACAGUUAAGAGCUUACUUAUAUAACACACUAAGGGCACGAGUGAUCAUUCACUGCUGACUAGUUACUGAUUCCAAAUGCAGAAGGUUGAGUCAAACCAAGAGCAGAGAUGCAUUCCAGGAAGCACACAAGCACACACGCACACACACACACACACAUGCACGCACACAUGCACACACACACACACACACACACACAUU